GUCCACUAUUUUAGUUUUCAGUAGAGUGAAAACGCGACAACUUUUUUAUUUUAUACAAACGAAUAUCACUCAUUUCGUCAUACUUCUCUGGAUUUCGUACUUCAUAGCCUUGCGAGAUGGCGAAGAAACCGGUUAUUGGGAUAUUGGGUGGUGGACAGCUGGGGCGAAUGCUUCAGGAGCAAGCCGCAUUGCUUGGUAUCGAGCUUGUGGUACUAGAUGCUGUGGAUUGUCCCGUGCGGCAGAUCAACCAGAAUGAUAAGCACGUCGAGGGCUCAUUCCAAGAUCCCGACAAGAUUCGCGAACUCGCUAAAAGAUGUGAUGUGCUCACAGUUGAGAUUGAACAUAUUAACACCGAGGUAUUGGAGGAGAUUGCGACAGUCGGUGUUGAAGUGAAUGGCCAAAGGAAAAAGGUUCCCGUGCACCCAUCAUGGGAGACUCUUCGCUUAAUCCAGGACAAGUACCUUCAAAAGGAGCAUUUUCAGAAGUCCAACAUACCAAUUGCGCCUCAAAUAAAGGUUGAAACUGGUUCGUCUAUGAGGGAUUCAUUACAAGAGGCUGCGCAAGCCUUUGGCUUCCCAUUUAUGCUCAAAGCUCGAAAGGGAUCUUAUGAUGGUCGUGGAAACUUCAAGGUCGACAGUCCUGACGACUUUGAAGAGGCCGUUAACGUCAUGGGGAAGCUUUCUCUUUAUGCUGAAAAGUUUCAGCUAUUUGUUAAGGAAUUGGCCGUCAUGGUGCUAAGAACAGAAAAUGAUGAGGGCCAAUUGACAAACGUCUAUUCUUACCCAGCAGUGGAGACGAUCCAUGAGGACAGUAUAUGUACAAAAGUCUUCUACCCCCCACGGCAAGUACCGACUGAUAUAUGCAACGCCGCGAGAGAGGUGGCCGCUGGUGUUAUCCGGACACUGAAAGGCAGGGGUGUUUUCGCUGUGGAGAUGUUCCUUCUAGAAAAUGGCGACCUAGUGGUUAAUGAGGUCGCCCCGAGGCCGCAUAACUCAGGUCACUACACAAUUGAGGCCAUACCAGCUAUGUCGCAAUACAAAGCACAGCUACAUGCUAUAUUGGAUAUCGUCCCACCGUCUCUCAAAUUACUCCCAAGAAUCUCAAGCGCAAUAAUGCUCAACAUCUUAGGAGGUGCCCAGGAAGAAUCUCAUCAUUCACUAGUCGAUCUAACUAAUUCACUUUACGACGAUGAGAUGGACAUAUUCCUACACUUAUACGGCAAAUCAUCCAAACCCGGCCGUAAGAUUGGACACAUCACCGUAACCUCUUAUUCCCCCAAUACAAACCUCGAACAAUUAGCAGCUCCCUUAACCAAAGAGGUCGAUUCCAUCCGCCAAGAGCGCCUCAACGCAAAAGCUACUCAAUUGCGUCCCACUGCUCCUACCGCCGCCCCCUCUCAACCAUCCACUGCCCCAUCCUCUUCCCGCAACACCACGCAACCCCUCGUAGUAGUAACCAUGGGCUCUGACUCGGAUCUCCCCGUCCUACGCGGCGCUUUCGAGAUCCUAGAACGCUUCCACGUACCCUACGACUUCACCAUAACCUCCGCCCACCGAACCCCGCACCGAAUGAGCGAACUCGCCAAAUCCGCUGCUGACCGAGGCAUCCGCGUCUUAAUCGCAGCAGCCGGCGGUGCAGCCGCGCUCCCGGGUAUGCUCGCAUCUGAGACGCCUAUCCCGGUCAUUGGCGUACCUGUCAAAGCCACGCAUCUCGACGGCAACGACAGUUUAUUAAGCAUCGUGCAGAUGCCGCGCGGGUGUCCCGUAGCUACCGUCGGUAUUAAUAACUCUACCAAUGCUGCUAUGUUAGCUGUGCGUAUCUUAGGUACCGGGGAUGCGAAGUAUAGACAGGCCAUGGCGGAAUAUAUGCAGCAGAUGAGUGAUGAAGUUGAAGUCAAGGCUGCAAAGUUGCAGGAGGUGGGGUGGAAGGCGUAUUUGGAGAAAUAGAUGAUUGAAGAAAAAAAAAGGCUGGGUCUGGAUGGUUGUGGGUAGGCUGCGGGAAAAUUAGUUCGUCGUUUAGGAAUAUGAAGCAAUUCUAGUACUUGUGUGACGAUACGUAGCAGUAAAAUGCCCAUGAUCAGUGAGGGCGGUUGGCAAUUAGAUCCGCCGUAUAAAAGACGUAAACAAGGUGGGGGAAUACUCUGCUAGAUAAAAAGUAACUCAAUGUGAAGACCUCAUAUAACA